AUGGCCACAAAAGUUCUGCCCCCAAAACAACUCCAAAACAUCCGUUUCUUCGUCUCAAGGUCUCUCAAAACCUCCUCCUCCUCCUCCUCUGUAUCCACCGCCAGUACUGCCGUUUCUCCUCUAUGCUUGGCUGAAAAACCUGAACCCAGUUUUCAAAAGCCGCCUACCACUAUCCAAGAUCAUGCAAAACCAUCUAUCCUAGACUUUCAUGACCACCAAAAACUUUUCUCAAACCUGCCAACUACCAAACUCUUGCAUGCAUCUGCAAAUCUUUACUUCGGUUCUAUAGGUCCAGUGGUUGAUUUUGGGAUGUGGGUUAUGAAUUCUAGGCUUAUGGAGACAGAUAAUAUUGUACGUGAUGCUAUGUUAAAAACUGUAAGGCGUACGUUCUUUGAACAUUUUUGUGCUGGAGAAGAUGUGGUUGAGGCAGGAAGGUGCAUUAAGAAAGCUAAUGAAGCUGGUUUAAGAGGGAUGUUGGUUUUUGCUGUUGAAUAUACAGGUCAUAAUGAUGCUUGUGAUCAGAACUUGAAAGGGUUUCUUGAUACUGUUCACUCUGCCAUGUCUCUUCCUCCAUCUUCUGUGAGCAGUGUGGUGGUGAAGGUCACAGCAAUUUGCCCCUUAAGCUUGUUAGAGAGAGCUAGUGAUUUGCUAAGGUGGCAACAAAGAGAUCCUUCUUUCAAUCUUCCGUGGAAACACAAUAGCUUUCCAAUUUUGUCUGAUUCUAGCCCUUUGUAUCAUACACUUAAAAAACCAGAACCAUUAACCCUACAAGAAGAGCUUGAUCUCCAAUUAGGCCAGGAGAGAUUGUGGAAACUGUGUGAAAAAAGCGUCCAAGCCAAUAUCCCGUUAACAGUGGAUGCAGAGAACACAACUGUUCAACCUGCCAUUGAUUACUUGACAUAUUCGGCGGCGAUCAAGUACAACAAAGAUGACAAUCCCAUUGUGUAUGGCACAAUUCAGACCUACUUGAAAGAUGCGAAAGAGAGGUUGUUGCUUGUAUGUAAAGCAGCCGAAAAAAUGAGAGUUCCUAUGGGGUUUAAAUUAGUGAGGGGUGCUUAUAUGUUAAGUGAAAAUAAAUUAGCAUCUUCAUUAGGCUAUGAUUCUCCAAUUCACAAUAGUAUUCAAGACACACAUGCUUGCUUCAAUGAUUGCGCUUCCUUCAUGCUCGAAAAGAUCGCUAAUAGCUCAGAUGCCGUCAUUCUUGCAACACAUAAUGUUGAAUCAGGGAGAUUGGCAGCGACAAAAGCACUGGACUUGGGGAUAGGAAAGGGGAACGAAAAGCUUGAGUUUGCACAGCUAUAUGGAAUGUCAGAUGCACUUUCAUUUGGUUUAAGCAAAGCAGGUUUUCAAGUUAGCAAGUACAUGCCAUAUGGACCUGUUGACAAGGUUAUCCAUUACCUUCUAAGAAGGGCUGAAGAGAAUAGGGGACUGUUAUCUGCUUCAAGCAUUGACGGGGAACUCAUGAGAAAGGAGUUGAAGAGAAGACUUAAAGCUGCAAUCUUUUAA